AUGCCGAGCCUCCGGAGGCGGCACAGCACCAAUGGGAGGGACGACGGAGGCCCGGACGAGCCCGUUCCAGAGCCUCGGAAGGGCCAAGUUUCGGCAGGCUCGGAUGCCGGCCCUGAGGUUCCGCAUCGGCGGCCGUUUUAUUCCGCAUCGUUCGGGUAUGUGAGCGAAAGGAGGAGGAGCUUCGAAGAGGAGGAGAGAAAUAUCCACCGCAGCGGCAGUAGCAGUAAUGGCCCCGCCAGCGGCGGAAGCGGAAGCAGGAAAAACUCCGCGCAUUCCGCGUCUCCGGAUAAUGACCACCGCGGAAGCACGGACCCGGAGCCCGCGCGCAGACCCAGCAUGUUCCGCCACGCGCGCCCGAAAACUCCAGAGAAGCCGCAGUUCCCGGAGAGAAAGGCCAUGUCUGAGUCGUUCUCUUCCGGCGGCUCCAGCCGCCAGGCAGACUUCUUUCCCCCGCCGUCGCGCGCGGCCGCCAUCGCAGCGGAGAAGAAACGGCAGGCGAAGGCGCGCGGGGAGGGGGGGCUGGGGGGGAUCAGGGGCGUGUUCUCCCGCAGCAGUAGCAUCGCUUCUCGCAGCAGCAGCAGCGGCGGCGGCGGCGGUGGUGGCGGGAAGGUGGGUAGCAGCGGCGAGAGUAGCAGAAGCGGGGGGGCCGGGUUGGGUCAGAGCGGAGGGGGGGGCAUGAUGAGGCGCUCUAGUAGCAGCCUCACCUCGCGGAACAAGAGCAGCGGUUACGGCAGCAGCAGUAGCAGCAACAGCAUCAGCAUUAGCCACGCCAACGCCAACAGCGGCAGCAGCGGCAAGAAACCGGAGGGCUGUAACGAGGAUAGCUCGUCUGAUUCGUUACAGGUGUCAGAGGGAGGAGAGGAUAUGCACGAGGUUCUCCCCGUGCCUGCCCUGCCUCGGAUCCGAACCAACGCCGCCUCGCCGAAGCGGGCGCUCAGCCGCAGGCUCGGGCUAUCGCUGAAGCUCCCCCAGGGGCGGAACGGGGCGAGCGGGGAGGGGGAACGCGGGGGCGAAGGGGGAGCAAUGGGGGGAGUAACCGGGGUAGAUGGGGAAUGGGAGAGGGAAGAGCUGGCGCGGGCGUAUGGGAAAGGGGAGCUGGCGCAGCGGCUUAAGGCCCGAGGGGGGUCUUUGAAAGGGUGUUUUUUUCCGCCCCUGUCCCCGACAAUGGCUGACGCGUUACAAGGAGAGGAGAUUCGCGAGCGCGUUCACCGUCUGCACAGUCUGCAGCUGCGGCGGGAAGAGCGGAAGGCGCUGCGGAGCAGUGGCGGGGAAGGGGGCGUUGGGGCGGGCGGAGGGCGGAAGGGGGAGAGGAAGGCGGAAGGGGAUGCGGAAAGGGGGAUGGCGGAAGGUGAGGCAGACUGCGAGGGUAGGCUGGGCAGAGCAGAGAGAGCGGAGAGAGCGGAGAGGGCGGAGAGGGCGGAGAGGGCGGAGAGACCGGAGAGAGCAGAGAGGGCGGAAAGGGCGGUGGGGGCGGAGAGGGGGAGCGACUCGAGUGAGGAGUCGAUAGCAUUGAGUGAGGAGGCGCACGGGAGCGGGCAGGGAACGGGCGAGGCUAGGACAGUGAUUCAGGCGAUUCUUGAGAAGCGCCGGCAGAUCAAGGAGCAGCGCAAGGCGGCUGCGCGGGCGGAAGGGACGCGGGGGGAAGGGCCGCGGGGAGGAGAGCCGGUUAGGGAAGGGCCGCGGGGGGAAGGGCCACGGGCGGAAGCGCCACGGGCGGAAGUGCCUCGGGGGGAAGAGUUACUGAGGAGGGGGGGCGGGGAAGAAGAGGGGUUCGGGGCGGAAGAAGCGGAGACGGGUGCCAGGGCGGAAGGUUGGGGGACGGAUGUAGCAGUUCGAGGUUCGGGGGACAGUAUGGAGAGUGAUUUAAACGGUGGUGGCGCGGGUGGCGUCACGGAAGGUCGGAUUGGCCGAAUGGGCACUGAUGCGGAACCUGCUGGUCCUAUGGUGGGUGGUACGAGGGAGAGCAUGAGGGAUGGGGAGAAGAAGCAGGAAACUGAAAUGGAGGGGAAUGGGGGGGAAGGGGAGAAGAAAGAGGAGAAGGAGAAGGAGAAGAAGGAGGAAGAGGAGGAGGAGGAAGAAGAGGAGGACGGCUGGGAGAGCCCAGAGCCAAUAGAGCGAUCGAGCACGUGUGACGGGCGGAUAGGGGGCAGUCGGGACGAGGACCAGUGGCUGCGAGUCCGAGAGGCAGCCGCCGCUGCUGCUGCUGCAAGAAGAGCUGCUGCGUUGGGGGGCGGAGGAGGGGUGAGGGCUGGGGGGUGGGGGGAGAGAGCGCUUGGGUCAGCGGGAGCAGGGCGGGUGGAGGGUAGUGGGACCCCCCCUCGAGCGCCACACCAUGUGGCGGGUGUGCCCCCACGCCCGCCCAGCCGCGCGCAGGAGGAGGGUGGGGAGCGCAGGAGGCGGAGAUUCGGGUCGUUUGGGUCGUCUGUGGCAGAGGAUGAUUCCAGUGGCAGUGACGCUUACUGCAGCCCUGUGCGUGCAGGCUCUUUGGGUUCUGUCCCUG